UUCACAUCACAUCUGUAAUCUACUUGUUCCCCUUUGCACAGACGUCAAUAGGAAAAGUAAUCAAGCUCUAAUCGGUUAUCUGAGGCGCUUGUUGGUGGAAAGCUCUAUCAUCAUGUUCCGCAACCAGUAUGACAAUGAUGUCACCGUUUGGAGUCCACAGGGGCGUAUUCAUCAGAUUGAAUAUGCUAUGGAAGCAGUGAAACAAGGAUCUGCCACAGUGGGUCUGAAAUCUCGCAGUCAUGCUGUACUUGUGGCUCUGAAGCGAGCUCAGUCCGAGUUGGCUGCCCAUCAGAAGAAAAUUCUACACGUCGACAGCCAUGUUGGCAUCUCCAUUGCUGGCCUCACUGCUGAUGCAAGGCUACUCUGCAACUUUAUGCGUCAGGAGUGCCUGGACUCCAGGUUCGUGUUUGAUCGGCCUCUCCCUGUGUCCCGCUUGGUCACACUAAUUGGAAGCAAAACCCAGAUCCCUACACAGAGAUAUGGAAGAAGGCCUUAUGGUGUGGGAUUACUCAUCGCGGGAUAUGAUGAUAUGGGGCCACACAUUUUCCAGACCUGCCCCUCUGCCAACUACUUUGAUUGCAAGGCCAUGUCCAUAGGGGCCCGCUCCCAGUCUGCACGUACCUACCUGGAAAGACAUAUGGACACUUUUCUCGACUGUGAACUGAAUGACCUGGUUCAACAUGGCCUCCGGGGACUGAGAGAAACUCUACCUGCAGAACAAGAUCUUACCACAAAGAAUGUGUCCGUUGGGAUUGUUGGCAAGGACAUGGAGUUCACCAUCUACGAUGAUGGCGAUGUGGCAUCAUUCCUUGAAGGCCUUGAGGAGAGGCCACAGAGAAGGGUUGCCCAGCCAGAUGAUGAGCCGGCAGCAGAGAAGCCAGAAGAGCCCAUGGAGCUCUGAGAUUGAAGUGUGUCCCAGACAGUGUGAAGAUGACAACGCUCUUAUCCCUGAUUCAUUCAGUCAAUAUUCCACCCACACUCACUUGUAACUGUAUCAACAUGGAGAACAAUUACCAUUAUACUUGUGUAUGUUCAAGUCGACUAUCUAUGCUUUUUGUGAACGGUUCAAUGUUUGCAUACAUUUUUUGUCAUUAAAGACAAACCUUUUCUGAAA